AUGAAACAAUUCAGCAACCAUUUGCCAACCCUCCCAUGGACUCACCUGGUUUGGUCAAAGCCUUCCAUUCCCAAGCAUUCAUUCACACUGUGGGUGGCAAUUCAGAAUAGACUCCCCACAUUAAAUCAGCGAUGCACAGCACACAUCAAUGCCACAUUAUGUGUCCUCUGUGGUGGUGAGCCGGAAACACAUGACCACUUGUUUUUCAAUUGUCCCUAUGUGAAACCCCUUUGGACAUUUAUUCAAACACGCUGUGGGUUCCAUAUUUCACCUUCUUCAUGGGAGCAAUUCAUCGGCUGGGUAUCAUUCCAUUGGAAGGGUAAAUCUACAUUUUCUAGUAACUCAAUCUCCAUAAUGUGCCUUGCUUCCCUCGUCUACAAUAUAUGGAUUGAGCAAAAUCGCAGGAUUUUCCAAAAGAAAGCCAUAUCUGCAAACUCACUCCUUCACAUUACCUUGGAUUCUGUGCGUUCUAAGCUUCUCACAUCAAGGAUAUUGGACUUGAAGGAUCCAAGAAGAACUGCGGCUGAAUGGGAUUUGUCUGUGGAAAUCCUUCGUCCCCCAGAUCGCAUAGCAUGA